AUGGUGUGCUUCGCAUACACCCCUUCCCUUCGUUACCCCCGUCCAGCCUCCAGCGCCAACCUGCAACGAUCAGAGUCGACAAUCGCAUCCGACGCGCAGAGGAUCUUGGACGAGGCGUCGGCGGAGGUGAAGGCGGCUCACCCGGGCAUUCAGGUGGAGUCGAUGCUGGGCGAGGGAGACCCACGCGACGUGCUGUGCAACCGCGCUAGUGAGGACUUUGUGGACUUCAUCAUCGUCGGCAGCCAGGGCAAGACCGCUCUCACGAAAGCAAUGACGGGGAGUGUGUCCCAGUACCUGCUCCGCCAUGCGCCAUGCCCUGUGCUGGUCCACCCCCCAUCCGCAGGGACAUCAAGGGCAAAAAAAAGUACCUCCCUCAUUGUCUCAGCAUCAACGUAUCGAGAACCAGCCCCACGCUCAAAAUCCGCAGGCGCGGUAGUGGUAGCUCAAAAUAAACCCAAUGAGCCUGUCUCCCGACCUGCUGCAGCAGCGGUAGUGUCAGCAGCUGCAGGUGCUACUGCUAGGGGGAAAGGCGCAAUGGAAGUGGGGGGCGGUGGGCAGGCGCAGGUGUGUGCGCAAUACUCACUGGCGGAGGUGGUGCAAGCAACGAACGAGUGGGUGGAGAGCAGGCGCAUAGGGGGAGGCAGCUUCGGGGAUGUGUACAAGGGCGAGUGUCCCCACAACCCCUCCCUUGCCUGGGCUGUCAAGCGCGCCAAGGUCCUCACCAACGACUUCAAACGCGAGGUGAGCGAGAUGGCAACGAAGAACCAUCCGAACCUGGUGCGGCUGGUGGGGUACUGUCUGGACUUCAGCCCUGUGACGGAGAGGAUGGAGCAGAUCGUCAUCUACGAGUUCAUGCCCAACGGCGACCUCGAACACUGGAUCGGCCCUUCCGCAAAGCAGACUCUCACGAUGCGGCAGCGCCUGGAUAUUCUCAUAGGCACGGCUCGUGGCCUGGAGUACCUGCAUGAGUUUGGGGUGGUGCAUCGUGACAUCAAGCCUGCCAAUAUCCUUCUUGACGACAAAAUGAAGGCUAAAGUGGCUGACUUUGGGUUGGUGAGGCAUGGGGAGGGCACAUCCGUGGCUGCAACCAGAGUGAUGGGAACACCAGGCUAUGUAGACCCCGCCUACUACAAGUCACAAAAGGCCACUCCCAUGGCUGAUGUGCACAGCUUUGGAGUGGUGAUGCUGACUGUGCUCACGGCACGCAAUGCCAUCUGCAACUUGGAUUCAGACCAGGUCAACCUCAAGGCAUGGGUGGCUCCAUUCGUUGCAUGCAAUAAUGUGGCGGCCUUCAAGGACCCAGAUUUAGAGGCAUCGGAUGACAUUAUUUUGCGCUUGGCUCGCCUCGCCCUUAGCUGCACUGCAAUGCCAACAGCUUCGCGGCCCUCCAUGAGCCGAGUGCUUGCAGAGCUUAUGGUCAUCAAGGAGGAUUGCCUAGGCCUGGAGGCCAACAGGAUGGCGGAGCGAAUUGACAAGGAGCUAGACACAUCUAUAACACAAGACUUUGAUGGGGAGCUUGCUCGAAUUGCCAACAUCAAGUCCGGAAGUUGUGGGUGA